AUGGCAGCAGGAAACCACUGCACAGUGACUGAGUUCUUCUUGGCUGGGCUCUCAGAGAAGCCAGAACUCCAGCUACCACUCUUCCUCCUCUUCACAGGCAUCUAUCUGAUCACUGUGGCAGGGAACCUGGGCAUGAUCACACUGAUUGGGCUCAGUUCACACCUGCAUACACCCAUGUACUAUUUCCUCAGCAGUCUGUCCUUCAUUGACUUCUGUCAAUCCACUGUUGUUACCCCUAAAAUGCUGGUGAGCUUUCUGACAGAGAAGAACCUCAUCUCCUACUCUGGAUGCAUGGCUCAGCUCUACUUUUUCAUCAUUUUUGGGGCUGCAGAGUGCUACACAUUAGCUGCAAUGGCAUAUGACCGCUAUGUUGCCAUCUGUAACCCCUUGCUUUACACUGUAAUUAUGUCCUAUCAGAUUUACAGUUCCUUGAUUUCAGGGGUGUAUAUUUAUGCUGUGCUCUGUGCAUCAGUUCACACGGGAUUCCUGGCAAGGAUUCAGUUUUGCAAAUUAGAUGUGAUCAAUCACUAUUUCUGUGAUAUUCUUCCCCUCUUGAAGCUUGCAUGCUCUAAUACCUAUAUCGAUGAAAUGUUGAUUCUAUUCUUUGGUACACUGAAUAUCUUUGUCCCAACGCUGAUCAUUAUUACUUCCUACAUCUUCAUCAUUGCCAGCAUACUGAACAUUCAAUCUAGUGAGGGCAGGUCCAAAGCCUUCAAUACUUGCAGUUCCCAUAUCUCUGCUGUUGCUAUCUUCUAUGGUUCUGCUGCAUACAUGUACUUACAGCCAUCAUCAGUGAGUUCUAUGGACCAAGGGAAAGUGUCAUCUGUGUUUUAUACUACUGUUGUGCCUAUGCUCAACCCCUUGAUAUACAGCCUGAGGAAUAAAGAUGUCAGUGUUGCACUGAAGAAAAUACUUGAAAGAAAAACAUUCAUGUAA